AUGGUGAAGAUAUUCGUUGGGAACCUAAAUCCAGAAUCCAAAGCUUCUGAUCUCCGCAAAAAAUUUGAAGCCUUUGGGAAGGUUACGGAAUGUGAUGUUGUUAAUAAUUAUGGCUUCGUGCAUAUGGAAAAAGAGUCUGAGGCUGAAGCUGCAAUAGAAGGACUCCAAAAUGCCAUUCUUGAUGGAGUGAAAAUUAAUGUUGAACGCAGCCACGGUAAACGAGGUGGUGGUCCCGGGCCUACUAGACGUAGGAAUGAAGGGCGUUAUCGGGAUUAUCCGCCGGAAAGGGGACCACGUGCACCACCACGUUACAUGAAUUCCGGCCCACCUCCCCCGCGAAUGGGACGUUAUGGUCCGGCUUGGGAUGAUGGGUAUGGAGGGCCCUACGGACCACCACCACGUAACAGCUCUAGAGGUUACGAUUAUCCCCCAAACGGUGCCAAUGGGAGGUAUCCGCCAAUUGACCGUGGAGAACAACACAGACCACUCCCACGCGGUCCAGCCCGUGACCCAAUGCCGCUACCACCUAAUGUGGGAUAUCGUGGGCCUCCAGUCCCUGAGCCUAUACCAUCGUCUCGAGAUUAUCCUCCAAAACCUCCCCCAAUCAGACAAAGUUACGAUGUGUACGGUGAAUUUGACCGCUACCGGGAGCCAAUAGCACCAUCAGGUCCUCCACGUGCAAACGAUUAUUAUGAUACAUACGGCAGCUAUAGCAGCGGAAACUACGAAGACUACAGAGAUAACGAUAGAUCAAUGUCUAAUUACGAUUCGGGAUACGAUUACAGUUACUAUGACUAUGGGAUGGAUAGCAGAUCACCGGUUCCACCAAGAUCAGGGUACAACUACGGUCGUCCCUAA